AUUCCCAUUGUUUCAUCACCGAAAUUCAUUGAACCUUAGCUCGUACGUUGCGUCUUAAUCUCACCCACACAAAAAAGUUUCUUUCUUUGUUUUUCGUUCUCUGGCCUUUGCAAUUAAAGCUAAAGACUUUCUACUUUUCGUUAGUUCGUCAGCCAUUAAGACCGUUGAUGACGCUUCUUCUAUCUUUCCAGUGAGAUUUCAAGUAUUUUCUUCUGAAGAUUUUACAUUUCUUGUCUUUUCUUUUUUCUGGAUUUGAAGUGGUCGUGUUCGAUUAAUGUUGGUUUGGAAGGUUAAAAUAAGCCGCUUUGUUCAUCGUUGUCGCGACCAAUGGAUAAGAAGAGAUCUAUUACACAGUAUGAGGGUCCUAAGAUCUGUUGUCUUCUCCUGCUGAUCUGGGCGCCGUCAAUCUCCUUGGCUUUGACUAACCCUGAUGAUGUUUCUGCCAUCAAUGGCUUGUACAUUGCACUUGGUUCACCACUCAUACCCGGGUGGAUUGCUUCUGGGGGAGAUCCGUGUGGUGAAGGCUGGCAAGGCGUUUCCUGCAACGGUUCAGAGAUAAUUAGCAUAGUUAUAAACGCUGCUAACUUGGGCGGGGAGCUCGGUGAUAACUUGGGGAAGUUCACCUCUAUCAAGUCAAUAGAUUUAAGCAACAAUCAGAUUGGUGGAAGCAUACCUUCUAGUCUGCCUACUUCCAUGCAACAUUUUUUUCUUUCAGCUAAUAAGUUCACUGGAAGUAUUCCAGAAUCUCUUGGAUCUUUGGUUCUUCUUUCUGACAUGUCUCUGAACGAAAACCUUCUUUCUGGAGAGUUACCAGAUGUGUUUCAAAACCUUGUCGGGCUGAUCAACCUAGAUUUAUCAAAUAACAAUCUAAGUGGACCGUUGCCUCCAUCCAUGGAAAAUCUAUCAACUCUUACUACCUUACAUGUGCAGGACAAUCAGCUUUCUGGGACUCUUGAUGUUCUUCAAGACCUUCACUUGCAGAACUUGAACAUAGAGAAUAACCUCUUCUCUGGACCCAUACCAGAAAAAUUGCUCAACAUCCCGAAUUUCCGAAAUGCAGGGAACCCGUUUAAUUCCUCUACUACAUCGUCACCACCGUCCAAAUCUCCAACACGACCGUUUUCUGGAGGGCCGACGUCCCCUGCAACACCUUCCAGCGAAACUCACGGGAAAGCUGCUGAUGGACCUUCUGCUUCACAAGGAUCAUCAAACUCUGGGUCAAAGUCAAAUUCUUCACGUACUAGACGGAUAGUCUUGAUAUCCUUUGCCGGGGUCCUAUCGUUCAUAAUUCUCGUAUUGGCGAUUCUGCUGUUGCUGCCAAAAUGUGCCAGACAAAGAAGAGAUGCGAGCAAACUCUUUAGGCGGCAUCAAGUAGGUGCCUAUAGAGGGAAUAGAGAGAAUGCUGCAGAAAACGGGUCUUCGGCCCUGCCACCUAACCAACCCGACAAAGCUCAGAGAGAAGCAUUCACGAAAGCUGGGGAGGAGCCAAAGCUCUUACACGAGCAAGAGAGAAAUGUGCAAAGACCAGCGCCAAUUUUAAGACAGGAGAGUGAGAUUGAUUAUUCCAUAAUGAUGCAUCCUCCCCCUCCACCACCACCUCCUCCUCCUCCACCACCUCCACCUCCACCGCCUAUUCUGGCUGAGAAGAUCACCGUUAUGCCGGUUGCGUCACCUGAAGUACCCUCUAAGAAGCCUUCUCCGAAAACACGAUUGCCCCUAACUUCUGUGAAGCAGUAUUCUAUUGCAUCUCUUCAACAAUAUACCGACAGCUUCUCUCAGGAGAAUCUUAUUGGCUCUGGCAUGCUCGGGAGUGUUUAUAGGGCAAGACUUCCCGAUGGAAAGCUACUCGCUGUCAAGAAGCUGGACAAGAGGGCUGCUGAGCAACAAGAGGAUUAUGAAUUUAUCGAACUAGUGAACAAUCUUGAUAGGAUUCGACAUGCCAAUAUUGUUGAACUUGUGGGUUACUGUGCUGAACAUGGGCAAAGGCUUCUAAUCUACGAAUACUGCAAUAAUGGUACCCUCCAAGAUGCGUUACACUCGGAGGACGAGUUUAAGAAGAAUCUUUCUUGGAGCACCCGUGUUAAGAUGGCACUUGGGGCGGCUAGGGCUCUUGAGUACUUGCACGAGGUGUGUGACCCGCCUAUCAUGCACAGAAACUUCAAGUCGGCUAAUGUUCUACUUGACGAUGAUCUGAGUGUAAGCGUCUCAGAUUGUGGUUUGGCCGCGUUAAUAUCAUCAGGCUCUGUAAGUCAGUUGUCAGGACAGAUUCUAGCUGCUUACGGAUAUGGAGCUCCAGAAUUUGAGACAGGAAUCUAUACAUGGCAGAGUGAUGUGUACAGUUUCGGGGUCGUGAUGCUGGAACUCUUGACUGGCCGAAAGUCCUAUGACAAGGAUCGGAACAGAGGAGAGCAAUUCUUGGUUAGGUGGGCAAUCCCUCAGCUUCACGAUAUCGAUGCAUUGACCAGAAUGGUUGACCCGUCCAUUAACGGAAAAUACCCCGCAAAGUCCUUGUCGCACUUCGUUGAUAUAAUCUCCCGGUGUGUUCAGUCUGAACCAGAAUUCAGACCGCUGAUGUCUGAAGUAGUGCAAGAUCUUAUGGACAUGAUACGGAGAGAGCGUCAUGGGUCAGGCGGGGCAAGCGGGGACUAGUGAUUUGUACAGAAAUUUUCCUUCAGAGGCGUCGGUCUUUCUGAACCGUGUAGACAGAGGAGUUCGAGUUCUCAGAAACAACAGAACAGAAGCUCUUCUGUCUGGUGAGAAUCAUAAGCCUGGCUGAUUCCACGGCUUUAACGUUUUUCGGUUUCUGGUGAAUUGGCUGUGGAAAAGAAUCAUGCGCUUGCUUAGCUUCGCAGAUUCAGUUCUUGGGGAAGAUUUUCACCGGCGAUCGUGGCUUUAUGUGAAGUUGUAUACUUCCUCUGUUGUAGGAUGUCAUUAAUUUUUGUGUGGUGUGUAAUGUUGUGUUAUCGUGGAUUGUUGUAAUAGGUUGGAAUGGAACCUUCCGAAUGAAAGGGAGGCAUUUAAACUCCAUUAAUAGCA